GGCCCAGGUGAUCUAGAAGGUUGUCUGCUAGAAGCUGACCUAACAUUGGCCCCACAGAGCACGGUCAAUCUAAAAGGUUGUCCGCGUUCAAGGCUAAAAGCUGAACUUGGUGCCCAACCUGAUUAUCAUUUGGCGAGAAAAUGGAAAAGUGAGCGUGAAUCACCUAGUGUCAUUGGUGGACUUUUAUUUCACCUUCAUAAUCCAACAUUUACGGGAAAUCCUUUGGUGGGAAAUUCUGGAAACAUUAAUGGUGUGAUUUUUAAAUUAUCCGAAGAAAGUGUGUCAAAAAGGAAAAGGAACAAUGAUUUUGAAAAGGGCGAUGAUAAAGUUCCAAAACGAACAAAAACUAUCGAUAAAGCAGAAAAUAUAGAUGAUAGCAGGACAGAUUCAGAAUAUGAUGAGGCAGAUUCAAGACUAUGA